CAGUGAAUCAAGUUGUGUACGGUGAAGCUUUAAUAAUUUUUUCGUUUCGUUUACAGACUAUAAAUCGAGUGGAUUCUCACUGAAUCUUAGUUCUUACUUUCAUUCCGAUCAUAAAACAUUUUAAUUUUGCUAUUAAAGUUCAUUUUUUGAGUGAAAAAAUUUUAUUUUGUGCAAUAAAAUAAGUGAAAAAAAUGAGAAAUUAAAAAAAUGGAAAAUUUCUGAUGAGUGAAUUAAAAAUGGGUUUUUACACGAAGCUUCAGGAUGCAGAUGACUAAAAUCAUCAAAUAGAAUUUAAACAAAGAAAAAAUAAAGUCACAAAGAAACAGCAAGACAAAAAAAGAUUUCUUUUUGGAGCCACGUUGGACUCUGUAAUGGAGCCGUUGAUAAAACAAAAUAACAACAAAAAUAAUAUUAUAUUUGAUUGUACCACAUACAAAACUACAGCGACGCUACUCAAUGUUAAUCAGCAAACUAUCCAUCAACAUUCCGUAUCAUAUUUAAGCUCAAAGUGGUCACAAAAAGGAGAAGUUCAACAACAAUCAUCGACAAAGCUUAUUGAUGCUGUGCAUCAACAACAGACACGGAAUCAACUGCUAAUUUUAUGAUAAUUACUGAAAUUUUUUUAUCAUUUUUGUUAAAGUGAAAAAUUACUUGAUUUUCAAUUUGUGAAAAAAAAUAUUUUUUUGUGAAGUGUUGAGUGCUUUUACCGAAAAAAAAAUUGUCGGGUAGUAAAAAGUGAAGCCUUGCGGAAAUUGAAAAACAUUCUGCGAACUCAAAAACUCACGUGGAAAAAUUAACAAAAAUUAGCAAUUUUAAAAAUCAUUCGCACGGAAGUUCAUAAGCUUAAAGCAUCAAGUGACAAAUUAUACGUUUUAGUAGGCAAACAUUUGACAUUUACCAAUUCUAAGUUCAUAAAAAGUGACAAAAAGUGAAUCGUGUUGAUUGAUAAAUUAAAUUAACAAGAAAAAUUAAUUAAAGCUAUGGAUAGACCACGACCAGUGAAGAUGAUUGCACCCGACGGUGGCUACGGUUGGGUUGCAACAUUUGGUGUUAGCUUAGUUAAUCUAGCAACACGCUCAAUUGAACCAUCAUUUGGUUUACUUUUUGGAGAUCUCUUGCAAGAUUUAAAUGUUGGUACAACAGGCGCAGCUAUCAUCAUUAGCAUGCUUGACAUUAUGAUGAAUCUUUCAGGACUUUUUGUAGGUCCUCUGCUAAAAGAAUUCUCAUACCGCAAGGUUGCAAUCGUUGGUUCACUUUUAUGUGCAUUAGGACUUGCAUUGACAUCAUCAGCAACCAGUAUGGGACAUAUUCUAGCAACAUAUUCAGUCAUAAAUGGUGUUGGAGUUGGAUUAGCAAUGAGUGCAGCAUUCGUUGCUUUAAACCAUUAUUUUACAAAGAAAAGGGGACAAGCAGUUGGACUGUCUAUGGCUGGAACAGCCUUAGGAAUGUUAAUCAUGCCACAACUUGUGCGACUUUUACUUGAAGAAUUUUCAUUCCGUGGUGCAGUUCUUAUUCUUUCUGGAUUGGCACUUCAUUCUGCAAUUGGAUCUAUUUUACUACAGCCAGUAAAGUGGCACUUGAAGGAAGAAGAGCUUGACGUUGAGAUGAUGGAACAAGAUUAUCCAGCACUGACAAUUAUUCAAGAAGAUGAUGGAGAUGAGGACUCUUUGCCUGAAAUUCAAACUCUUUUGUUUAAUAAUCGUAGGCAUGAAGGACGUGAAAGAAAAAUAUCAGAAAAUAGCAAUAAUAGCUUGAUGUUAUCAAAUGGUGUACCAAAACGUCCAGCAUUUCCUCGUAUAACAAGCUCAAACAACAUGUUACCCAAACGAAUUCCAACGUUACCAAAAAUAACAUCGCAUGCUGACAUGACUCAAAUGAUUCGUAAACGUAAAGAAUCUGUAAUCUCAUCGUUGUCUCAUUUGGAUUUCAGUGGAAGUUGUCUACAAAUUCAUUUGGAGACUGGUGACCGAGACCAAGAAGAAUAUGACUCACAAUUCAUCAGACGUGUCAACACCCACGUCGGCACAUCACUUUAUCGUGAUUCACUCAACUCAUCCUUCAAGAUGAGCAAGGCAGACAUCACUUCAAAGCUUUCAUGUCCAGACUUCAUCAAAGGCUCCGAAGUUGGACUCGAAAUGCCGAAGCCAAAGAAAGCAUCUUUCUGGCGACGUUUUGCAACAUUGAUGGAUAUUGAUUUAUUAAAGGAUUGGACAUAUUUGAACAUUCUCUUUGGAUUGUCGAUAUUUUAUGUCGCUGAGAUGAAUUUUAAAAUGAUUACGCCAUUCUUUCUGGCUAAUCUUGGAUAUUCGAAAGCUGAUACUGCAUAUUGUUUGAGUAUUUCUGCAUUGACUGAUAUUUUGGCUCGUGUUAUUGUUCCACCGAUUUGUGAUAAGACGAAGGUCUCAAAGCGUCUUGUGUUUAUGACUUCUAUAUUUUUUGUUGCAAUUACCAGAUCAGUUUUAGCCGAACAAACUCAAUUUACGAACAUGAUGGUCUGGCUUUGUAUUGCCGGCUUUUUCCGUGGAAUUGCACUCAGCAACUUCACCCUCACCGUCAGUGAAUAUUCAUCACUCGAAAAGUUACCAGCAGCAUUUGGGUGGCACAUGGUCGGAAAAGGAUUGUUUGUUGCUCUGUUUGGACCAUUAAUCGGAGCAAUACGUGAUUGGACUGGAUCAUUUCCCGUUUGUAUACAUUCGCAAAGCGUUUGCAUAAUAAUUUGCAUUCUCGCAUGGGCGAUUGAAUUUUUAUUAAAAUAUCUGAAACGGAAGGAAAAGAAACACGUUCCGAUAGCAAUUAUAGCUGCAUAAGAUAUGUAUGACAUAGUUAAGGAGAAAUCGUCGAAAUAUAUUUUUUUUCUUUCUUUAUAUGAGUGUUUUGAUGAUUGCAUAGCUUUAAGGGACAAUUAUUUCCUUUUCAAAAAUUUCGUGUAAUUUUUUUUUUCUCUUGGAAAUUUAAAAUUUUUUCUUCUCAUUGCAAACUUUUUGAGUUUGAGGCUAGGAUUAAGUAAAUGAAAAAUUUUGGGAGCUUUUUGUUAUUUUUGGCUAUUUUUGUAGCCAUUAAUUUCUGCGAGGCUUUCAAAAUUAAUUGUAAGGUGUCUGGUGGAACAAUUACAGUCAAAAUAUUAAGUUGAAAUCUUAAAAACUUUCUGAUUAUUUUGAAUUUCAAACUCUCAUUAAUAUCUUUUAAAUAAUUUUUAACAAUUGUUAUUUUUCUGAAGUUUGUCCACUAGACUAGCAAUUUUCUAGAAUUUUGUAAGUUGAAGUCGUUUGAAAAAUAGUUAAAAAAAUCGCAAGCUUUUAAAUGGAGUGUCAAAAAUUGAAAUUCAUAAAAAUUAUUUAAUAAUUGAUGGAAGGACUAUUAAAAUAAGAUUAAGUUCUUAUAGCCUUAACAUAAAUAGCAAGUAUUUAGGAUGUAGAAAGUAUAAUUAAAAGAAUAUUAAAUGGCAAAAUGGUAAAGAAUAGACUAACAUUUGAUUAAAUUUUCAGGCUGAGAGUCCAGAUUACUCACGUUUUAUAGAAAAUAUUGGCUUAAAAAUUCAAAGUACCUUAUUGGACAAUAUAAUUCAACAAUUAGAUUAUAUUUUAAAUUUGGCAAGUAAUGAGUUGAAAUCUAGAUUGUUGAUUCUAAUCCUUUAAGAUUCUAUCAUCUAGAUUCUAGACAAAACAAUUGAAAAACAAUAAAAUAUUUUGGAUUAAAUGUUAGAAACAUAUUGGCUGUUUAAGAGAUCAAAAUAAUAAAUUUAAUGUCAAGUAGCCUGAAUGCCAAGAAAGAAAUUUAAAAUCGAUUGAUUGUCUAAUUUUCAAACGACUUCAACAAUUUCUUAAAAAAACAAUAUUUAAAAAUUUACGUAGAAAUUUUGAAAAUUAUAAAAAUUUUAUAAAAAAAAUUAUGUUUAAUUUAAGUAAAAAACAUUUGUAGUUCCUCGUCAAUAGCGUGAUUUCUGUGUUAAUUUUAUGAAUAAUUUA